GGACAUUGUGAAAUUGUUCAAAGCUUUGCAAGACGACUAUGGAAACAUAUUAUAUUUACCAGGUAUGAUGGGAGGUACGUCAUACCUGAUGACUCACAAUCCCAAGGACUUCGAGGUCGUGUUCCGGAACGAAGGAGUGUGGCCGCAUCGGCCUGGCAGCGAUACUCUUCGCUAUCAUCGGAAGACUCAUAGAAAGGAUUUCUUCCAGGGAGUGGAGGGAGCUUUACCCACACAAGGAAAAACCUGGAGCGACUUUCGAUCGGCUGUAAAUCCUAUCCUAAUGCAGCCGAAGAACGUGCGGCUUUACUAUAAGAAGAUGUCCCAAGUGAACCAGGAGUUUGUGCAACGUAUUAAAGCACUCCGUGAUAUCGAUACCCAGGAAGCUCCAGAUGAUUUCUUAAACGUUAUAAAUCGGUGGACUCUCGAGUCAGUCUCUGUGGUGGCUCUGGACAAGCAGUUGGGACUGCUCAAAGAGUCGGGCGAUAACGACCAGGCUGUGUUACUUUUCAAGUACCUGGACGAUUUUUUUGAAUUAACAGCCGAUCUGGAGAUGAAGCCCUCCAUCUGGCGUUACGUUAAAACACCCAAGCUAAUGAAGCUAAUGAAGUCCCUAGAUGGCGUUCAAGAAAUAACUUCAGCGUAUGUAGACGAAGCUAUAGAGCGUCUAGAGAAAGAGGCCAAGGAGGGUGUUGUCCGCCCUGAGAGCGAGCAGAGUGUACUGGAAAAGCUGCUCAAGAUCGACAAAAAGGUGGCGACGGUUAUGGCCAUGGACAUGCUAAUGGCCGGAGUGGAUACCACCUCAAGUACCUUUACAGCGGCCUUGCUGUGCCUUGCCAAGAAUCCGGAGAAGCAGGCCGUACUCCGAGAAGAGGUGAUGAAGGUUCUACCCGAGAAGGACUCCGAAUUCACUGAGGCAUCGAUGAAGAACGUUCCCUAUCUACGUGCCUGCAUCAAAGAGUCACAACGGAUAUAUCCUUUAUUCAUCAGCAAUGGCCGAUUUCUCAAUCGGGACAGCGUUUUGAGCGGAUACCAAGAGCCAGCUGGUACCUGUGUGUCGAUGGUUCCCCUGAGCUUGCUAUCAAGCGAGGAGCACUUCCCACGGAGAACGCUUUCCGCUCCUCCCUGA